AGCAGCUGAGGUCCCUAUUUCCAAAGUCGUCUUUAGAAUUUCUGAUUCCAAUAAUUUACAUCUGUACAGAAGUAGGUACUGAUCUGAAGAAAAUCAUGUCUUCCAGUGGAGGAAGCUGCAGUUGCGGCUCCAGUUGCAAGUGCGGCAGUGGCUGCAAUUGCUCCAGCAUGUAUCCUGACCUCUCAGAGAAGACCAGUACCAAGACCAUCAUCGCUGGGGUUGCACCAGCCAUGAAGAUCUACAACGAGGGGUCUGAGAUGAGCUUUGCAGCAGAGAAUGGCUGCAAGUGUGGAUCAAACUGCACCUGCGACCCCUGCAACUGCAAAUGAGCAAAAAGCCUCCGACAAAUCAAGACCCCAUAUAAAUCAAGCAAUAUCGGUUUGCUGUUGGUUUUUAUAAAUAAAAAAAAAGGGUUAAGAAAAUGGAAUCUGAGCUGCUUGUGUAUUCCAUAUAUGUAUGUAUGUAUGUAUGAUUAAGUUGUAAAAUAAGUAAGAUCGCCAUGGGUUUUGCAAAUCCAUUGCUUUGGAUUGCAGAAUAUAGUUUAAUUCAUGGCUACUUUGGUGUGUGAGAGUUAUAGAAAUCUUAUGUGCAACUGCUGCUUGCUUUUGUUCAUGUUGUACUGGCUGGGUGUUUGGAGUUUACAAAUUUCCUGUAUGAAAUGCAAUUAAAAGGAGAAGCUAUAUAUUUGAAAUCA